AUGAAGAAAGAAGAGGGUCCCACGGAGCAGGAACUGUGGCUGAAGAAACAUCCUCAUUGCAAUAGAGACCCAGAAGAGGACCCAAGAAAUCAGAACACCAUUGUGCGGACACAGGCCAUGGAGAGGAUCCGAGACUUAUAUAGACGGAUCCGUAAUUUUAUUGGUGAUCGAGCUAGCUCCACAUUCUGCAAAUGUCUAAGAAAUAAAGUCACCAUCCCAGUCUAUGGCUUGUUGAUCAUCAUAGUAGUUCUGGUAGUGCUGGUAGGAGUGUCGGUAGCAGCUCUGGCAGGAGCUCUUUCAGAUCCCUUUGGUAGCCCCUCAUGCCCACACAACUGGGUCGGGUAUGGAGGGAAAUGCUACUAUUUCUCAGAGGCCGGAGAAAACUGGAACAACAGCCAGAGCAACUGCUCCUCCUUCGGUGCCUCCCUGGCUGCGAUCGACACCCCGCAGGAAAUGACGUUCCUGCUGCGCUGUAAAGGCAAACUUGACCAUUGGCUCGGCCUCAGGAGAGAGCAGGACCAGCCCUGGAAAUGGUUCAAUGGCACCAAAUUGAACGACCUGUUUGAAAUUAAAGGAGGCGGACACUGUGCUUAUCUGAGUGAUGGAUUUGUUGGCUCUUCAAGGUGCUCCUCACACACAAACUGGAUUUGCAGCAAACAUGACGCGUAUACGAUGGGAAAGGGAACUGCACAGCCCGGGAUAUGAAAGUUUGAGAAUCAUCAAAAUGUGAUCUGGAAAAGC